UUAAAGGCGAAUUACGACAAUUAUUUAAAAGUCUUUGUCAAGAUGAUACACCAAUGGUACGUCGUGCAGCAGCAUCGAAAUUAGGUGAAUUUGCUAAAGUUGUUGAACCCGAAUAUUUACGUCAAGAAUUUGUACCAUUAUUUACAAAUUUGGCAAAUGAUGAACAAGAUAGUGUACGCUUAUUAGCUGUCGAAGCUGGUAUUGCUAUGGCUGGUUUAUUUCGACAUGAAGAUCUUGAACAACAAAUGAUGCAAACAUUACGUGCAGCAACAGAAGAUAAAUCAUGGCGUGUACGUUAUGUUGUUGCUGAUAAACUUGUUGAUCUUCAAAAAGCUGUUGGUCCAGAAAUAACAAAAAAUGAUUUAGUUGGCGCCUAUUGUUCUUUAUUAAAAGAUCCUGAAGCUGAAGUUCGUGCUGCAGCAGCAUCAAAAUUAAAAGAUUUUUGUACUAGUUUACCAGUUGAUACACGUGAACAAAUAAUUAUGUCACAAAUUUUACCAUGUGUCAAAGAUAUGGUUGGUGACAUGAAUCAACAUGUUAAAUCAGCAUUAGCUUCGGUUAUUAUGGGUCUUUCACCUAUACUUGGAAAGGAUAAUACACUCGAACAUCUUUUACCACUUUUUCUUAAUCAAUUAAAAGAUGAUUAUCCAGAAGUUCGACUUAAUAUUAUUUCAAAUCUUGAAUGUAUUAAUGAGGUAUGA